AGCUCACUAGUAUGUAACCAGAGCGACAAGCUUGAACUGGCUGGAGGGGGUCCUCCAGCAUAGCAAAUUUGUGUUUCAUUGUUUGACCAGGGCUUAAAUAGUAAUACUAAACACACGGAACUCUGGUUUCCUUAUCUGGAUAGUUUACAGUAUGAGGAGGUUUUCAAGGAUCAGUCUCAUAAAAAUGAUACUUUUGGUAGCAGGAGGAUUAUUGAUCCUGAACUAUAAUAAUUACUACAACUUUACGUCAGAGCUUAUCAUAGAAGACGAACCUGUAAAAAGAGAAUUGCUCAGCCAGGAAGAGGAAAUACAUUUACCUAUUCCAACGUCAAUUCAAGGAUUUGAUAUCAAAAACAUGAUCGAACACCCUAAGAACCCUUCUAUCGAUAAAAAAGAAACCAUUGACUUGAUUGACGAAGAUAAAGUAAAUAUUCAGAACCAUCAUAAGAAAGAGGAUAAGAAAGAAGAACAGGUUCGUAUACCUUUUUAUUCUGAGCCAAUAGGAGCGGAGGAGCAAAUUGCAACUAGAAUGGAGAACAUCAAUGAACUCUGUAACUCUGAUUCAAUGAAAAUGCAUAGAAAAGAUUCAACACAUCGAAUAUUAGGUAGGCGCAGUUUAUAUUUUUUCAAAGACUUUGGCCCCAAAGGAAUCACUUGGUGUCCAGUAUUUAAAGCGGGUAGUUCUACUUGGAGAGAUUUUUUUAUCGACCAUCUUGUGGAUCCAGAUGCAACCGUAGGAAAUGAACAUUACAACCUUAGCCUCCUGUCCAAAUUUACACUCUCACAGUUACUCAGACAGUUACGCAAAUCCAAAAAUCACAAAUCCAAAGAUCACAAAUCCAUUUCCAAAGAUCUAGUAGUAGAUGAGACAGAGGUAAACAAUAGCAUACUUUUCACGAUUGUAAGACACCCUGUUUCUAGAUUGAUAAGCUACCUUCACAAGGUACAAAAUUAUCCUUUCGCGAUGAAGCGACAACGUUUAACUUGGACCGAGGACGCCAUUGUGAGCGCUAGGACAAACUCAUCAUGGGAUGAUGAGACUAAAAAGAAAUACAGAACAGAAUUGACUACAUAUGUGGACGAACUUGAGCCUUUAGUGGAUCAUGCUCCCUUUUCAAAAGACAAUCCUUAUCUCCAUCCGCCACAUCCAACUUUUGUGGAACUGGUUGACUUUAUUAUAAAACAUAAUACAGGAGGAAAGGGUGACAAAAAAGGAAGAAACGGUCACUGGCUGCCGGCCGUAGAAUGGUGUGACAUUUGUAGAAAUGAGUAUGAUAUCAUAAUUAAAUUGGAAGAGGAACCGGACGAAUUAAUGGUUCUUUUAGAGAAACUGGAUAUGCUCCAGUACAAAGAAAGUUUCAUGAAAAGACAUAAUUCUUCAAGUAAUAAGUCAAUUUCGGAGAAAGAGUUGAUUGAGCAAUAUGUAAAUCUUUUGAAUGAACAGCAGAGAGAAUUUUUAAAUAAAAUGUUUGCGAAAGAUUUUAGAUUCUUUGGUUAUGAGAAGAUUCCAUUAUAAUUCACCAAAAAAGGUGUUCGCGUAAUUUAUAUUCUUUAUUUGGUUUUAUUUUAAUUCGAAAUUUAUUUUCUUAAAAUAAUGAUAUGUGACUUCCUUUCGAAAACGGGUGCAGGAUCAUAUCCACAAAUAAGUUCACUGGGGAAUUAGGCUAUAAGAUCAUGAAUAAAGCGUAUACGGACACGUUCAUUUGAGUUUGAGGAUAUUGCUAAACAAAAAUAAUAGCGUUUUCGAUGAUAAUGGCUUAAUUUAGGGGUAAAUGAUUUUUUACCUUAAUGAGGUCAAUUCUGUCACAUUAUAUGAAAUUUGAAAUUUUGGGUGAAUUGCUGAAAUCAUUUAUAUCUGAUUUUGGUUUGGAAGGCUCUAUAUAAGGAGAUACAGUUGAUUCAAGCUAAGGGCAGUUGAUGGUAACAUUGUCACAAAAUGUUACGAUUUCUUGCCCCUAUUUUGAAGAACGAUACCUCGAUUAGAAUUCAAUAUUCUUCCAAGAAUGAUUCGUAGCAAAUCAGAACCCGUGUUUAACAAUAAUGAGUUUGAUUUUACUAAGUUACCG